AUGGGGGAGUCAAGUCCUACACGUCCCAAAAAGUUCAAUACUGAGCUGACGGAUUACUCUCUGCCUCGCCACCAGCAAGAUGGUCCGUAUGCUGACAAUCUGGAUCUCGACGUAAUAGUUAUUGGUGCCGGUUUUGCUGGCAUCUUUAUGCUCAAGACUCUUCGGGAUCGCGGAUUCAAGUCUGUCAUUUUUGAGGCGGGGAGCGACCUUGGAGGAACGUGGAGAUGGAAUUCGUAUCCCGGAGCAGGCGUAGAUUCCGAGGUCCCAGAGUAUGAAUUUUCUUGGCCCGAGGUCUGGAAAACGUGGAAUUGGUCGUCCAACUACCCCGACUACCGGGAUCUGCGGGCGUAUUUCGAUCACGUCGACAAAACUAUCGGCGUGAAGAAGGACUGUUCGUUCAACACGGUGGUUGUUGGCGCCAGUUUCGACACGGCAGCCGGAAAGUGGAGUGUUCGUACAGAAGAUGGGCGAACCGCAAAGGCCAAGUUUUUGGUUUUGGGCACUGGAUUCUUUCCAGAGCACCAUAUUGAUUCACGGAAACUGCUACACCAGGCUGCGAGGCGUUAUAUUCCCGACUGGCCGGGCAUGGACAAGUUCAAGGGCGUCAUACACCACACCUCCUUCUGGCCCGAGGAAGACGUAGACGUGAAGAACGAGCGAUGUGCCGUCAUUGGCACCGGCGCCUCUGGCGUUCAAGUUGUUCAGGCGUGGGGGCCGGUCGCCGGCGAGGUCAAGGUCUUCCAGCGCACCCCGAACCUGGCGCUGCCCAUGCGCCGCAGGAAAAUGACACCCGAGGAGCAAGAGCGAAAGCGAGCAUUGUACCCCGAGCUCUUCACUCUCCGGGAGACCAGCUUCUCCGGCUUCUACUUCGAUUGGUACGAGAAGAAUACAUUCGAUGACACUCCCGAGGGUCGCGAGGCAGUGUAUGAAAAGGCAUGGCGAGACGGGGGGUUCAAAUUUUGGCUUGGCAUCUACAAGGACAACUUGUUUGACGGCGAGGCCAAUAAAGAAUCGUACAGGUUUUGGGCAAAAAAGGUCCGGGCUCGCAUUGACGACGCGCGCAAGAGGGACCUGCUCGCGCCAGAGACGAUGCCCCAUUACUUUGGCAUCAAGCGUCCUUGCCUUGAAAAUGACUACUACGAGCAGUUCAACCGGCCUAGCGUCGAUGUCGUUGACAUUAGCAACAACGGCAUCAAGGAAUUCACCGAGACCGGCAUCACCCUCGACGAUGGCACGCACCACGAGUUUGAUGUGAUUGCCGUUGCCACAGGAUUUGAUAUUGUAUCCGGAGCAAUGACGCAACUUGGCCUGCAGAGCAUCAAUGGCACCAAUCUACAGCAGGAAUGGGCCUCCGGGAUAAGCACGUACCUGGGCAUCAGCGUCAGCGGCUACCCCAACAUGUUCCACCUCUACGGGCCUCACGGGCCGACUCUUCUCAGCAACGGCCCGACGACGGUCGAGGUCCAGGGCCGCUGGAUCGCCGACAUGCUCGACAAGAUACAGCGACAGGACAUCAAGUACGUGAACCCGAAGCGCGAAGCGGCCCGGGAAUGGACAAGGCACGUCGUGGAGCUGAAUGACAAGACGCUGAUUCCGACGACCAAAUCGACCUACAUGGGAGGCAACGUCCCUGGCAAGGUGUACGAGCCCAUGUGCUACGCCGCCGGGGUCGCGAGCUACAGGGCCGAAAUCAGGGCUGCGCUGGAUUCUAUGCAGGGCUUUGAGGUUGUGAGCAAUAGGAUUGCGGUGAAUCCCAGACUGUAG